AUGGAGGACUUUGAUCAAAACAAUCCAAAAAACGGUGAUGGAUACCAGUGCAAUAAAUUUUUAGCUGAGGAACAAAAUGAUCCUGUAACUAUCUAUUUUUAUUCUUUGAUCAAAAAAUUCAUUCGCUUAUUUUACAAACCAUUUCCACAUCAAGCUCUCAUAAGCAGAGAAACAUUAGAAGGCAACUGGAGUUAUUUUCAACAGUCUUUUUCUGGAACAUAUCGGCAGUGGCUUGAUUACGAGUUAUGGUGGAUUAUUAUUGGCUCAUUAACUAUUAUUACUAUGAUUCUGUUUUCCGUCUUGUACAUAUUCUACACUUUGAUCAGUUAUUGUAUUUCUUCAAGUAAAAAGAAAACAACAGAUCAAAAACGUGACUGUUGUAAACGUUAUUUUCUCAACUUUCUAAUUACGCUGUUCGUCCUCAUCGAUGUAUUUGCGGUAUCUUCAUUACUUGUAACCAGUCAGUAUGCAGAAUAUGGAGCUGAUCAGCUACCUCAUCGUCUCAGUUACUGUAUCGAUGAUCUCUCAUAUUAUAAAAAAUCAACUGAUCAAAUAAUUCGAAAUACAUUAAUUAAUGAUUUUCAAAAAGUAAAUGAAUCUUUAUCGAAACUCAUUGUCUCAGGUGGCUCACCCAUUGUUCAUCGAGUGAAGAAAAUUACCGGUGCACAUACAAUCGAUUCGUUUCUUAACAUUUCAAAUGAGGCUCAGGAAUUACUGAAACUUACUAUUGGUUACGAAAAUGACCUGAAGAAAGUCAAUAGUGAAUUACUUUCAUUGAAGAACGAAUUAUUUAAGCUUUAUCGGACUUUCGUAAGUGAACUAGAUAACUGCAUCCAUCAUGAUUCAGAACUUGUCAAAAGACGUUGCCAGGAGGCAGAAAAUGAGCUAGUUGAUAUUCGGAACAUAACGCUUCAUCUUCGACAAGGCAUUCUCAGUAGUGAGACUAAAGAAGCUUUGAAAAUAUUAGCAGAAUCGAAUGUAGCUGAAAUAUUCGGUGCAAUAGCCACAGAUUUCAAAGAGAAAGAAACAGAAUUAAACAGAAAAGUACAAGAAAAACAGCAAGCUAUACAAUUCACCAUGAAAGAAAUUCAAAAUGAUUUGAUGCGUAUUGCGGAUGCUUUAUCUACACAAAUUCGACAAAUUAAACCUGAAUUAUUAUACGACCUACUAAAACAAUAUAUGGGGACCACUUAUUGUACAGUUGUUCAAUACACGUGGUAUGUUUCGUUAACCUUAUGUGCUAUAUUUUCGUUGAAAGCGCUUUAUUUUCUUUUUGCUUUAUGCUAUGGCUGCUUUGGACGUCGACCAAAUGAUUAUCGAAAUGAUUGCUGUGUUCGAUCAACUGGUAGCAAACUUUUUUUCUGUGGAAUUUGGUUAUCAGUAUUACUUUUGCCUUUUAUUGCUGUACUAACAGCAGCAUUAUUAUUUGCUGGAGUGAAUAUUUAUUCACUUGUUUGUUGGCCUUUGGAUGAUCCAUUUUCAAGACCUGAUAUGCUGUCGCUUAGUGAAAGGAUGCUUGAUGUAUGGCGUGGAAAACAAGUUGCAGAAGACCUAUCACCAUUAAUAAAUCAGUUAUCAUUAGCAGAUAUGAUUCGGUCCUGUGAACGAAACGAGACUCUUUAUCAUAUCUUUGCUAUGGAUAAAAAGUAUCAUUUGUAUGAUUUACGCGAAUAUGGGCAAGAAUUAUACGAUCGUUUAGAUCUAAACAUUCAGACAGCUUUUUCUGAUAUAAACUUAUCUAAGCCCUUUACAACUUUUGCAACACCGGAACAACUUCUAAUGCUGCAAAAAAUUUUCAAUGUUUCCAUUGGAUCAAAUAUUCAAGAAAUUUUAUUUCAGGUACACAAUAAUAUGGAACAACUUGAACACAUUCCUAGAGUUAUUAGCAUUAUCGAAGAAAAGUAUGUCGGAAAGAAGCUUCCAAAUGUUAUUCAGUUGAUUGCUGAUCAGUUAAGAACUAUGCAGAUAAAAACUGGAAAUCCACUGCAGCGAAAUUUAGCUACGAUUUCAAAACUGUUAUCUGAACUUGAAGAUCGGCUAACGCGGAUUAUCUUACCAGGUACAACGCUAUCCAGCAAAUUGCAGCAUGCACAGGCAAUGCUGUCAUCAAAUUUUAAUGAAUAUUUUCGUGCAGCUGCUGAUCAGUUGGUACAUGAAAUAAACGAACAAGUUGAAAGAUAUAUGGGACAUGUUCAGAAGCAGAUGUCAACCAAUGCAUCAAGUUGUAUCCCAUUAUCGGAAAUCGCAAAGGGAGCUAGUGCUGCAUUUUGCCAAUAUACUGUCGACCCAUUCAACGGUAUUUGGGCAUCAAUGCUUAUCAGUGCUAUUUGUACCUUACCAUUAAUCAUGCUUGGAUCUGCAGCAUCAUCAUUGUAUAAAAAAAAAUUUCCUUAUCCACAAUACAUUGUCAAUGAGCCUGUUAAUGGAGAUGGGCAAAGUGCAUUCGGCGCUCUUGUAACUGAUUUUUAUGAUAACCGAAGCAAGCAACAUAAAUUGUAA